AACUGCUUCCGUGUUCCGCGCGCAGCUUCCGGCAGCUGUGAGUUGUCGAAUCUUUGGGAACCGCAGCAGAACAGAGCUUCAUCAUCGUCAUCUUCAUCAUGCGCUGGUUCGAGGGCUCGAUCCCGGCGGCCAUCGCGGCAGCUAAACAGCGCAGAUGUGUGUUUGUGGUGGUCAUCACAGGGAGUGAUGAUCAGUCCUCUCAGCUGAUGUCCAGUUGGGAGACGGACAGUGUGUGGGAAGCAGCUCAGAACUGCUGUGUGGCCAUCCGAGUGGACGCUGAGAGUGAAGCAUGUGUCCAGUUCUCUCAGAUCUAUCCGGUGGUGUGUAUCCCGUCCAGCUUCUUCAUCGGAGAGAACGGCAUUCCUCUAGAAGUGAUCGCCGGCAGCGUGACGGAGGACGAGCUCAAGCGCAGGAUCAGCAAAGUCUCACAGAUGCACACGCAGCAGAUGAGCGCUGAGAGAGCCAAUGAGACGGAGGAGGCCGCAUCUAAAGAAUCCCUGUCCGUGCCGAUGGAGGAAGACGGAGCAUCAGGUCACAUGACUCCAGCAGAAGAUGCGUCUCAGCCGGACGAAGCUCUGGACAGUAAAGUAGAGAGGAUAACAAAGAAGCUGGAGGAAAGACGUGAGCAGAAGAAGAAAGCAGAAGAAGAGAACGAGCUGAGGAAGGAGGUGGAGAGGCGUAAGAUGGGCAAGGAGAUGCUGGACUUCAAGAAGAAGCAGGAGGAGGAGAAAACCAAGCGUCUGCUGGAGGAGAGGAACCGAGAGAAGGCUGAGGAGCGAGCGGCCAGAGAACGGGUCAAGCAGCAGAUCGCUCUGGACCGUGCUGACCGAGCGGCUCGUUACGCUCAGAGCCAGGCGGAGGUGGAAGCGGCUCGGGUCGCUGCCCUUCAGGCCAGAGCCUCAGAACAAGAGUCCAGGAGAGACGCCGCUCAGAGAGAGAGGAGUGCGUUUGCAAGGAUUCAGUUCCGUCUGCCGGACGGCUCGUCCUUCACUAACCAGUUCCCCUCAGAGACCCGUCUGCUGGAGGCCCGGCGCUUCGCUGCUCAGGAGGUGGGCGGCCGAUACGGUCAGUUCUCUCUGGCCACCAUGUUCCCCCGGAGAGAGUUCACCGACGAAGACCUACAGAGAUCACUGCUGGAGCUGGAGCUGACCCCCAGUGCCUCCAUCGUGCUGCUCCCACAGUCCAGCAGUGCUGUGGUGCGCUCGUCAGCGUCCGGAGGCGUCUGGACAGUGCUGGGGUCACUGCUGUACCCGCUGCUGUCCGUCUGGAGGUACAUCAGCAGCUUCCUGUUCAGCAGCGCUCCUGCUGCUCCUCCACCGGCCCCCCAGAACACACACGGCCCCGGGGCCGCCGCAGAGCCAAAGAGAGAUGCAGUUCGUAAGAGGAUCCUUGAGAAGAGGCCCGAGGACUUCAAGAAAGAUGGUAAAAUAUACGGCUACGGACUCAAGAAGACAACGAGGGGCGACAACAACACCUGGAACGGUAACUCCACGCAGCAGAUGUAGCUCUGGUGGUUUCUGAUCUCCAUCCCUCUUCCUCCGGCUCCACCCCGCAUGGGUCAAUCUAACUGCUUUAACCAGGUGACUCCGGCAUCGCCAGGAUUGAUUUAAUACAGUAAUCGCCGCUGAGAAAGCGGCCUGUUGUGAAAAUAUCUGACGGUUUGUGGCGUUUUAUCUGGAGGUUUUAACCCCUCAGCGUCAUAAACCGCUUCGGCAAUAGAAUGUCUUUCUACUAGUUUGAGCACAGAUGCUACUUGAUCCUUUAACGAUAGAAUAAAAGAUGUUUUUCAAUGAAACGCUUCGACUGCAGUCAUUCUUCUCUUUUGAUUUUUUUUUUUGCUUCUUUUUAAUCUUCUACAACUGUCUGUGUGUUUUCAUCAAUGUCUGCGAAUUUAUGAAUCAUGUGACAAUCUUUUGCAAAAAUUCAUCCGUUACUAUUAUCUGUUGUACUCUGUGUGAUCAUAGUUUGUAAUUCAUAUUAAAGCUAAAAGUAUUUUGGGUUCUCAUUCUUUUACUGUAUGCUUUGUCCGGUUUCUUUGAGUUCUGCUGCACAGAGAUCAGAAGGUCAGGUGAGGCAGAUUAUGAUUGUGUUUAUUCGCAUUAUAACGUUUCAGAUAGAAGCAAACUUUUGUGUAUCAAAGUUUCAUACCUUCAGAAUGAUUGAGAAUGAGUUUGACUCGUGCUCCAGGGCUGUUGACUUAUUAACGAACAAAAAACAUGCAGUAAAAAUGAAAAUCAUAAUGCUUUUCUAACAGGAAACACAUUUUAAAAACAAAGCAUGAGAGCAUGAGGCCUCCAGCAGACGAUGAAGAGAUAAAAGGUGGUUCUAUAUUCACUUCUAAAAGCAAAUGUUGUGUUUUCAGUGAUUUAUUUGUGUCACAUUAAAGAGACGGUUCACACGAA